CGCAGUUUAUGAUCAUGACACAUCACUACACUGGACCUCGGUUGGUUGGUUUGUGUGUGUUCUCCGGGUGUACCCAAUCUAAUUGACAGAUUAAAUUAAACUACAGUCUGGGUUUUUGGACGUCUGCAAAUCUGGAGAACCACCAGCUAUCCCUAGCUAGAUGCGGCAUCAAGGCUGAAAUUCUGUUGCCAUAAAUAGAGGAUUUCGUCAUUUUGUAUCCUCGUUUCUUCUCUUCGGUUCAACACGUUUUCAGCCAAAGCAAACAUGGUAGCUUCGAGUUAGCAGCCCAGCCUGUGGACGCUGAACCUUUUCCACAACAAUGGAGGAUCUCGGUAUGAAGAAGCAGAACUGGGACGUGAAGGAGACAGAGCUGUUUCUGGAAAUCCUCAAGGAGCUGGAUAUGGAGAAGUGCUUGGACGGUAGGAAAGUGAGGAAUACUAAAAUCUUCAAAGUCGCGCACAGGAGGAUGACAGCGGCCGGUUAUCAUAGAUCUGUGGACCAGUUAAAGUUUCGCUGGAAACUUCUCAAAAGCGCGUACUACAAGGGCAAAAGAGAACCAAACUCCAGCGCCCCGGCUAAAAUACAAGGCUGGUGGAGGUAUGAAAAGACAAUGGUUGCUAUAAUGGAGUGCAGACACCCCCUGGUUGGAGCUGGAGUCCACCCUGACAGGAAUGAUGAAGUGACAGAAGACUCGGAGGGAGAUGGAGAUGCGUCAAUGCUGCACUGGCCACAGACCUGCCCGCAGCCCUGUCCGGACAAUACACCUCAGAACCUGAACCUGGAUUUAAUUGUAGGGGUGAAACCGUGGAUCAAAAUGGACCCUGAGAUGGACACACAGCUGAAGAUCGGUUUCAUCGGGGCUGGGAACAUGGCCUUCGGCAUCGCAAAAGGCAUCUUAUCAGGAAAUGUUCUUCCUGCAAACGUCAGAGUGAGUGCACCCUCAUCUAGAAGCCUGGGACGCUUUCAGGAGCUCGGGAUACCCGUCACUCACUCCAACAUAGAGGUGGUCUGUGGGUCAGACGUGGUUUUUGUAGCAGUCAAACCUCACCUGGUUCCUCUAGUUCUCAGUGAAGUCUCACAAUACAUCACAGACCGACACAUUGUCGUGUCUGUUGCAGCAGGAGUAACUCUGGCAACACUAGAGGAGAUCCUGCCAGAGAACACGGUUGCCAUCAGACUGAUGCCAAACCUCCCCUGUUUGGUCCAGGAGGGAGCUAUUCUCUUUGCACGAGGAUCCCGUGCAAAACCUGAAGACGGAGCUCUGCUUCGCUCUUUGCUGCACCGCUGCGGUUUGGUGGAGGAGGGACCGGAGGCCUGGAUCGACAUCCACACAGGACUGAGCGGGAGCGGCGUCGCCUUUGUUUAUCUAUUUGCUGAAGCGCUGGCAGAAGGCGCUGUUAAAAUGGGGAUGCCGAGCGCUCUAGCUCACAGCAUAGCAUCUCAAACUGUUCUGGGUGCGGGGAGAUUAUUACGUGACUCUGGGAAGCAUCCGGCUCAGCUCCGCUCUGAGGUCUGCACCCCGGGGGGAACAACCAUCUAUGGGCUUCACACUCUGGAGAAGGGUGGCCUGAGGGCGACGACCAUGAGUGCCGUAGAGUCGGCCACAGAGAGAGCCAGGGAGUUUGGCAGAAAGUCGGGGUGCAAGAAAUGAUGCUCGCCUUUUCAUCCUCCUCUCAAUGAACUGAACUCGCGCCUCACAACUAACUUCUUUUUGGACUCAGUUAAUUACCCUGAAACACAAGGACAAAACAGGACUUAUCACUUCUUUUUAAAUAAUUUUUUCCCUUCAGACAGAGUAGCUUAUACUUAUGUUUCAUGUGUUUGCCCACAGUCAUUUGUUGUGAGCAGAAAAGAAAUGGUGGCUUAGUCCUGACAUUGACACUAAUUUAUUUAAUGAUAACUGUUAUUUAUCUGAAUAAAUGGUGACUUUUAAAUGCAGGCUAACAUCCCUAUCACUUCAUUUAAGACAGACAUGCAAAUAAGCUGUCACGCAACUAUGGUAAACUCAUAGUUGUGGCUAUCUAAAUUACAAUACCACAUGCACACUGCUUUUAUUUCUAUUCUGGAGUAUGGAAGGAAACUAAUUCAACAGAAGAAUGACACCACUCAUCUGUCAAAUCAAAAAGCACCUACAUAGAUCUGGUUUGAUGCCUUAUUAGACAAAACUGGAUUAUGGUUUGCAUGUAAUGUGAAGAAAAGAAUGAAAGGUAAAAGGUGUGGAUGUUUCUAGUUACAUAUGCUGGAAAAGAGUAUUUAAUAUUUGUUUGGAUUAAAAGUCAAACUUUUAAUUUGGAUGAUGUAUGACUGCUCUUGUCUGCGCAACUGCUCUAACAGGUGUUUUCUACAUCUGCAUCACGUCGUCUGAAUCUACCAUGCCAAAUGUGCAGAAUGAGGUCACAUAAAGUGUCAUUUUUAAACCGA